CGCGCCGGAAAAGGCAGAGCAUCGGGAAAAAAGGAGGCGUUUCCAUCUAAACAACACUGCACAAUCAGCUGCAAAUUUAUGCAGAGCAGUGAAAUCUGUGCUGCUGCUCCUGCUACUGCUGUUGUCCUGCAAAAGAAGAGCAAGGGGAAAAAAGAGGCAGCACCACCGGGCACAGCGCAUACCAACCGUCCGGGAGUCCGCUGAGUCCGCUGCGGGGAGCCGGAGCAGGAGCGAGGAACCCGGAGCAGUGACGGUUGUCCAGUAGUAUCCUGUGCUCAUCUGCAGCCAUGGAGGCGGAUGGAGAGCAGAAGCAGCAGGGAGCCUCGACCAAUGGGAGUGCAGCGUCUGGGGCAAGCUCCCGCCCCUCGCCAAUGAAUUCCAUGUCUGCGUAUGAAAGGCAGGCGGUUCAGGCCCUGCAGGCAUUGCAGAGACAGCCUAAUGCAGCUCAGUACUUUCAGCAAUUGAUGCUGCAGCAACAAAUCAACAGUGCCCAGUUGCAGAAUUUGGCUGCUGUGCAACAAGUCAAGGCAACUCUGGCUGCCAGUCGUCAGUCAAGUCCGUCCAGCAGCUCUUCUCAGACCACCAGCACUACAGUAGCCAGUGUAACAUCUGGAGCAGGUUCCACAACCAGCAGCCGUCCUUUAGGUGCCUCAGCGACGUCCACCAUCAGUCAGUCCGUGCUGCUCAGCGGCGCAACAGGCGGUCAGGGACAAAUGUACCUGAGGGUCAACCGCUCCCUGAGACCGCCCAUGUCCCCCCAGCUCAUAUUCAUGCCUGGCAGCACAACGACCGCUGCUGUGGCGACCGUCGCCCAGCAGUCUCAGAGUCAACAGCAACAGGAAGUCACUCUAGCCUCCUCCUCCUCCAGCAGCCAGUCGGAUAAUGACCAGGCGCAGAACCUUGCCAUCAGAGGUGUGUCGAGUCCCAAAGGUGUGGGUGUUAAAACCGAAGCCCCAGACAGGACUGAUUCAGCUUCCUACUCGCUGGUCCAGCCGUCCCACCCAUCAACCCCCCAGUCCCCAACUAAACCCAACCCACAGCCACCUCACAUCAAGAUCCCUACCUACCCCCAGCCUACGAACCUUAAAGCACACCCCGUCUCUUCGUCCGGUGCCUCCUCCUCUUCCUCAUCCUCCACCUCCUCCAUCCCUCUCUCCCAGCUCCUGCUUCAUGGAACUCGAACACUAACAACAGGGACCACAGGGACCACAGCGGCACACGCACUGGUCCUGACAUCCAAUGCCACAUCACAGGCCCAUGGCUACCCAGUUGGCACGGCGACCAUCAAACCUGCAGUCAACGCUCAGACUCUGGUAGUGCAACCUUUGCAGAAAACGUCACUCGGCACGGAGAAAUCGGGGCACUCUAACGGGCCCAUUCCCAUCCAACCGAAGACUUUUCAGGGUCUCCGCGUUCCCCUUCAGCUUCCCUCCAGAAACCCCCCUCCCAUCUUGCCUGCCCCCCCACCUGCUAGCAGUUCCAACCAUUCGUCCCAGCCUCCUCACAUCCCGGUCCAAAUCGUGGGGGCGAGGCAGAGCACGCUGGGGGGAACCCAGGCUCUCGCUCUGGCCCGUGGCAGCUGCAGCCAGGAAGGAGCGGCUGUGCUCAGCAGCUCGUCCAGCCUGCUCACCAUGGUGGCCUCCAUCGCCUCUAGGGAAGGUGGGGUUAUGGGCAGAGGGGUGGGGCUAAAGACUCUCCUGACUCCCCAGGAGUCAGCUCCACCAGCCCAGGCUCCUCAAGUUCAUCCCCAGACCAAUCAAAGCUCUGCACAGAAUCAGAAUGGACCUGCAUCUCAGAGCUCCGCCUCCUCUCAGUCACCAAGCAUUACAGCUCCUCCAUCGCAGUCUCGCUCCACGCACUCCCUCCCACAGGUGACUGAAGAGCAGAGAAGAGCUGGGGUAACAACCAAUGGAGACUCAUCAGGCGGCCAGACUCCACAGGGAAAGCAGGUGAAUGCCUCCCUAAAAAGAAAAUCAGACUCUGGUUCAGCAAAUGAUGAAGGCGGUCCGUCUCCUCCACGACUCCAGCCAGUCAGAGAACACACCUCUGCAGCCCCAGGCAACCCUAUCAGUGCAGGUUCUGCUUCUCCUCCUCCUGUCUCCUCCUCUCCCACCCCGAUCCUGUCUGUGUCUCGGGGGGCUUGCAGUCAGGUGGAGCGGGUGUCCCCACCUCAGGCUGUAGUUAAGCCACAAGUUCUCACUCACCUAAUCGAAGGCUUCGUUAUCCAGGAGGGAGCAGAACCGUUCCCAAUUUGUGGUCCAGCAAAGGACUCGGCUGGAGAGGAUCUAACAGAUGAUAGUCCAGACACUAACCAAUCAGAAACGGUCACUACGGCAACAGUGCUGAAGUGUGAGUACUGCAAAAACUUUGCUCCUGCCAGCCAGUUCAGAGGCACCAAAAGGUUCUGCUCCAUGUCUUGCGCCAAGAGUAUGUAUUGGUUCCCCAGGUACAACGUCAGCUUCAGGCAGAACUUUGGGAUGCGACACAGUCACAGCCAGCGUCAGGAUCAUGACUCUUUGGACCAGGACCAGGACCAGGGCCAGGGUCACUUCUCUAACUCGGAUGAGGAAGGAGGGAUUGCAAGGCGGAGGGUUCCUCGUAGGACUAGCUCAGAAAUAGCCAGUGCAAAGAUUGCAGGAAGACCAGUACCUGCAAAGUGCCGCUCAGAGUCCAGCCAUUCAGACGAGGAGUCCAGUGGACAGGAGGAUGAAGAAGACGCCAUGUCUCUGUCACCUGCUUCUUCGGCUUCCUGCCAUCAGCCGCCUCCGCCAGCUGCAAACGAGACCUCAGCACCCAACUGCCUGCCUACUAGCCCCGCCCAGUGGACAGUGGAGGAAGUGUCGCAGUUCAUUUCUUCGCUACAAGGCUGCGAGGAGCUCGCUUCCCAGUUCUUGUCACAGGAAAUUGACGGACAGGCUUUGCUCCUGCUGAAGGAGGAGCAUCUCAUGUCCACCAUGAACAUCAAAUUGGGCCCAGCCCUGAAGAUCUGUGCUCACAUCAACAAUCUGAGGGAUUAACGGUCGAGAUCCUGGACCAGGAUCAGACAUGGAGCUGUUGAAAGGGGGAAUGGAGGACCUCCAGGUGAAUGUAAACGAGGUUCAUUAAGAUUUCAAAACAGACUCUCCACUUGAACUGAGUGCUUCAGAAUUGAAGCUUGUUGUCGGAUUUCUCUCAUAUUUGCAAAGAUUGAAAGGAAUUUCUGCUUGGUAAUUUAUCUAAAAACUGUGUUGGAUGAAGAUUUUUGGUGAAGGUAAUGAUUGCUGCCCAAAAUCGCUCCAUGCAACACAUAAAUGAAGAUAUUAUUUUCUUAUUGUUUUGCACUUCAAAAACAAAUGGCUGAAACAUUUUUUUUCCAACAUGUAGGAAAAUAACUCCUCUUUUUGAAAGGUGGGGCUGUCAUAUUUCAUGUAUUUGUGAAAUUGAGUUUUUCUAGAUCAUGUUGAUUUAUUUGUCAAAUUAAAAAUGGUUGCAGAGACAGCUAUUGUUAAUUUGGAAGGAAGCUCUGAACUCUAAAAUAGCUCCUUGUGGGUUUUUGUGUGGAAAAAUGUUUAUUUGGAACAAUGUCUUUUGAGGAAAAAUUAUCAAGCUGAAAAGUGUUUAUAUACUGAGCUGUUACUCAGUAGGAAUAACCAUCAUCAUGUAUAAAUGCUGGCCUUUUUUUAAUUGGUUCCCUCUAGAUAACAGGGUACAGAGAGAGAACAGGGUACGAAAUGCUGACAUGCCAGACAAGACUCCAAAUGAAACCCAAAAUGCUCACAGUCCUGGGAGUAUAUGACAUGUAGAGAAGACUUGAACAUCCCAGUGGUUUAUUUUACAUUUCUAUUUAAAUAAAAAUAUUUUUAAUCUUAGAAUUUCAACACCUUAAAGUGAUUUUUUUUUUUUCCUUUUUGACAAACUUAGGUUUUGGUUUAGAGUUACUAGCUGACAUAACACACUAAUUCAAAAGGGUCAUUUCUAUUAUUAUUUGUUGCAUCUGGACCCUGUGGACCUGUGCGUUGUUAACACAGAGUCUUGUUAAACAGAACAAUGAAACUUCUCAUAGAACAGACGUUUCAACUUUACAAACUCUACUUUUGCAGAAGGAUGAACCAGUACAGAUUUACCAAAACAAAGUGUUAAAAAUGUCAGAGUUGAUUUAACUUGCCAAAAAUUAAAAAAUAUAUAUAUAUGAAUGAUUGUUCUUUGCCACAACUCUAGAUCAGAAACCAACCUUAGCAUAAUCUUGAUACAUGAUUUUUUUUUUUUUUUUAAAUACAGAAAAUAAAACCCAACUUGUUAUUUUUUUAAAACUCAAAAGUCCAGGAAAAUUCCUAAGAUUUGAGUUUGGAAAAGCAUUGAAGUCUGAAAUGAAAAACGUGCAAAAAAAGCUGAAUUUUUCACUUCGUCUCAUUAAGCUUUAUUUAGAGAGACCUACUGUUUUUUGAUCAUUAUUAUUUAAACUGUGUAAACAGAAGCUCGUAGGAAAUUCUGUCUGAAAUGUGAAAUAAAAGUGAGCAGCAAACAAUGCUAAAUGCCAGCUAGUAAGUUAUCUUUAAGCUGAGUUGUUGUGAACCAUCUUGAGGAAAUGGGAAAUGUGGACCUACAUUUGUCACGGACUAGCAAACCAUUACAUCAGACUGAAUGACUGUGUGAAUAAGAAAACCUUAAGCUAUACUGUAGUAAGUGUAAAAAAUUGCCUUUAUAUUUAAUUGCACAUUUGUUUGCUCGACUUUUUAGUUUGAGCCUUUUUUUAUGUCUAAGUUUUCUCAUGUUCUAUUGUGGCCUUUCUUACUAGUCUCUACACUAGAUUUAGACGGGAUUUUUCAUAUCAUUCCUUCUUUUCUACAAACACCCUUAAUUUUUAAAAGCUUCUUUUUUCAAGCAAUGACAUCCAUUGCUUUUUCCCAAAGCGUGACUGAAAUAGUAGCUACCUUCAUCAAGGAAACUUCUUUGUCUUCCUCAUACCUUUGUCAUAUAUUGUGUACUUACCACCAAUAUUUACCUUUGUAGCUAGCUAUUUUUGGCUUCAUUGUGACUGGUUGUGGCUGCUUUCUUUCAAGAAGGGAUAAUCCUUGAUGUGUGUUUUUUCAGUUUUCCCAGGAUUCUGAAGUAUUUAAAUUUGCAGGUCCUUCCACGUGUAAAGUUGGAUUAAAAGGACUCAUUGAAUGUGUUGUGAGCCUGUUAGUUCCUGUGUAAUGUUUUUAUUAGGUAGAUCCAUGCAGAUUUGUUCAUUUGAUCUACAUUUGCCCAAACAAGCAGCACCUUUCAUCCCUAAAUUACUAAAGAUUCUGCAAAUCUUUCAUUUGCAAUAAUCAGAAAAACUGCAAAAUCUUGAAGGAGUGUGUUUGACGAGGAAUGGUUGAUACUAUAAUGCAAAUAAAUAAUCAACAAACUGUUGUAGAA